GAGGGAAAUCAUCGAAGAUCAAUCAUGGAUCAUAGUUUAUCUAGGCUCUCAACCCUAAUUAACCCCCCCCAAUUCUUGAUUCUUCUAUUCCACACAAUUGUGCUUGUAUCAAGCUUGUAACCUGAAUCCAGCAUAUUUCCUGAACCCUGUCUAGUGAAUUCAGUGAGUGAACUAGAGCCCAGUUAACAAAAUGCCACUUCAAGGACUGCAGCACGACAUUUACAACGAGACAUAAAUGUACCAAGCAUUACAAGGAACAACAUGAGCAGGGGAGAAGAAAGGACAUAUGUACAGAGAGCCUUACACAUAUGCGCUGGAGACACAGCAUUGCGGUCUGCACAAGUCCAAAUCUUUUGUGCUUGUGCAGUAUUUUAUCCACAUGUUCUCUGGAUACAGUUGCAGCAGUGUUAAGGGUGAGUUUUUUUUUUUUGUGUGUGUGUGUGACCUGGCAUAAAUUAUGAGGUGUCGUGGUUAUGUUUACAGCAUGGCUCCAAUUCUUCUUCUAGAUGCAGUUUCUGUUCGCUGCGCUGUGUUUUUGCACAACCACAAACUGAAUCAGAUCAAUAUUCAGAGUUGAUAUGGCCCCUUUCCUGAAGAAAAUUAGCUGUUGCAAAGUUUCUUGUGUGCGGCCCCAGUUUUUUUUUUUCAGUUUCCCAUGUCCUGAAACUUCCGGAACCGCCCAGCAUUUUGCAUCUCUCAAACAAGUUUGGAGGUUUUAACUGAGAGAGGAACUUGAUGAGAGUUGGAUUAUGUUCGCAAGCUGGAUUAGUUUAAUUUUGUACCUUUCGUCCUCUCCCACUAAUCUGAUAAUUUGCUCAACCAUUUCUUGUACUAGGCUCUAAAUUCUCUCACUUUUUCACUGCUGAUGUUUCAGAUGCAACAUGAACUGAUUUCUUUUGGAUCCUGUAGAUUAUGCAGGCAUUUCAAUAUCUUAAGACAGCUGCAGGAUGUCAAGGACAAGGAUGGGGAUCUGCCACUGAAGAAGCCGAGCAGCAACCGGAGCUUGACUGGUUCGAGAAAUUUGGCGCCAAUCCACGUUGGCUACAUCAUAACACGGCACCGCAAAGAUGUUCAGUUGACUGUUGCAGGAGUAAUAUGUCAGGUUCUUGGUAAGGGUGACCUGUGAAGAGUAAGUAUGCAUAAUCUUUGUUUACGUUCGCAGCUAUUAGCCUCUGGGCCAUGUACAGGUUGUAUCGGUCCAGUUACAGCAAUGUAUGGGUGAUCAUUUUGUAUAUGCUGGAAUUAUAUGAAGCAGUAUGUUGAGUUUAAGACUGUAACUUUGCUUAAUUGCAUCAAGUUGGUGUUAUCAUCGUGGAUUGUAGCAUCGAUCAAUGUUCAGAAUUAAUAUGGUUCUGCUAGUAAUUUUCAUUGACUGUCAGCACAUUGCUUUUCUGAAACAUAAGUGGACGAACUGUUACAAAGUUUCUUGUGCACCUGUUAACCCAUUCAGUUAUCCAUGUUUUGUAAAAAUUCGACUACGGUAUUUUAUACCUCAUUGAGAAUCCUUGGUUGGUCUGAAUCUCUAAUUUCUACAUGUUUGCAGGUUUUGUUACAAUUUAGCGAAGCAAUUAAUGAAAAUUGGAUUAUGGUUUAUGAUCUCUACUUUCAUGGCAAAUCCUGACCUCUUUAAGUCAUAUAUGUUUGCACUAAGUUCUUUUAUCUGUGUCCAAGGUAUUUUCGUAAUUUUAUCUUAUUCAUCAGGUGAUGUUUACACAAACUGUUAUCAUUAUUCUCCCGAAAAUUUUCAUUUUUUGGGGACUGAUCUUGCUACUGUUCAGGCCCUUAUUUUUUUUACUUGUCUAAGCAGAUCCUUGUAGUUGCAUCACUGUGAUAUAAUGAACAUUUGCUUUAAUUGAAUGAUUAUGUAAAUAUAAGAUCUCAUCGAUGUAUUUGUGUAAACCUGGAUACUCUUGUGUUUGUUGGAAAAAAUGAGAUUCAGAAAUCCUGCGACACAGUUUUUCCUUACUGAUUAGAAAUGCCGCGAGGUCAGUAUGGUAAUUUCCCUUACUGAUUAGUUGGUCAUUAAGCCAAAUACCAUUAAAAUAUGUGGAUGUGGCGUUUUAGUGCUAUAGGCAUUUUAUCAAGUGGCAACCUCUGGAUAGCUUCACCUUAUUAAAUCCCCAAAGCAGGUAGGAGAUCGAUACCACCAGCGCUCCAAAUCUUAUCUCUUUACUACUUUUCUUCUUCUUGUGGAAUCUCUAUACUGCUUUUGAUAAAGCAUUGGAUGCUCUCACUUUUAAUCAUUUCUGCAAGGAAAGUGUCGGCCUCCUAUUCCCCCCUUAUACAUGCAGAGGCUGGUUCAUCUCUCUUAUUAGCACCAACGCCUCCAUCACAGAAAGAAACACACCCUUGAUGACCCAUUGACCCUCCUCAACGAAGUUAUGGAGAUCGCCGCGGGAGCGAUGACCCCCUUGCUCCGCAAGCUCGGCGGCCUGCUCCUGGAUGAGUACAACCUGGAGAAGCGCGUGAAGAAAGGUGUAACAUCUCUGCUCACAGAGCUGGAGAUGAUGCACGCCGCUCUGCGCAAGGUGGGCAAGAAGCCACCGGAGGAGCUCGACGAGCAGGUCCGUAUCUGGGCGGACAAGGUGAGAGAGCUCUGCUACAACAUGGAAGAUGCGGUGGACGCCUUUAUGGUCCUUGUGGAGGGCAACAAGUACCAUGAGCGUGGCCCCAACAACAUGAAGAACAGAGUCAAGAAGUUCCUGAAGAAGACCACCAAGCUGUUCAGCAGAGGCAAGGCUCUCCAUGAGAUUGGUGACGCCAUGGACGAAGCAAAAGAGCUUGCCAAGGAGUUGGGUGACCUGCGUCAAAGGUACAUGCUUGAAGGGCAUGCCGGCGAGACCAGAGACACCAUUGAUCCCCGCCUGGAAGUUAUGUACAAAGAUGUCUCAGAGCUAGUUGGAAUCGAACAUAAAAGGAAAGAACUGAUCAAGAUGUUGAGAGAGGGCGAUGAAAAUGGCAAGCAGCAACCCAAGGCCAUCUCUAUUGUUGGAUCUGGCGGACUGGGAAAGACAACCCUUGCCAAAGCAGUCUAUGACAAGCUCAUAGGGCAGUAUGAUUGUGAAGCUUUUGUUUCGGUGUCUCGGAAUCCCGACAUAAAAAAGAUUUUCAAGAAAAUGUUACAUCAACUUGACAGAAAAAGGUAUGCAUCUAUCAAUGAAGCUGUUAGAGAUGAAGAACAACUCAUCGAUGAAUUGAAUAUGUCUCUUCACUGUAAGAGGUACCUAAUCGUAAUCGAUGACAUAUGGGAUGAAGAAGAUUGGCGAAUUAUCAAGUGUGCUUUCUCCAAGAGUGUCGGUAGUGCAGUAAUAAUGACAACCCGCAAAAUCAGUGUCUCAAAAGCAUGCCACUUAUCUGGUGAUGACAUGGUUUAUGAGAUGAAACCUCUUACUGAAGGUGACUCCCAAAGGCUCUUCUAUAAAAGAAUCUUUCCUCAAGGGAGUGAUUGUCCUAGUCAAUUGGAGCAAGUAUCUAGAAAUAUCUUGAGGAAAUGUGGCGGAGUACCGCUAGCCAUCAUUACUAUAGCUAGUCUUUUAGCUAGUAAUGAACAACAAAUAAAGCCAAAGUAUCAAUGGGACAACAUACUCAAUUCUAUGGGCCGUGGACUUGCAGAAGGUGGUAGUGUGAAGGACAUGCGGAGAAUACUAUCCUUUAGUUAUUACGAUCUACCUUCUCAUUUGAAGACUUGUUUCUUGUAUCUAAGUAUUUUUCCAGAGGAUUUUGAGAUUAGGAGAGACCGGUUGAUAUGGAGGUGGAUAGCCGAAGGCCUUGUCCAAGGUGGAAAACAAGAAAGUAGACCAUUUGAGCUCGGUGAGAGUUACUUUAACGAGCUUGCAAAUCGAAACUUGAUUCAGCCAGUAGAUAUUGAUGUGGAAGGCAGGGCAAGUGCUUGUCGCGUGCAUGACAUGGUGCUUGAUCUCAUAUGUUCCUUGUCCAGUGAAGAAAACUUUGUCACUGUACUGGAUGGUACUGUGAAAAGCAAACCUAGCUCACACAUCAAGGUUCGCUUGUUAUCCUUUCAAAACAGCAUGUCAGAGCUCACCACCCAUCGGGUUGAUGCCACAAGUAUGCCACAACUGAGGUCAGUCACUCUCUUUAGAACUGAUGUUGAUCUGAUCCAGGCUCUUCCAAGCUUUCAAAUUUUACGCGUUUUGGAUUUAGAAGGUUGCAAUCUUGGGGAAAGUAGCCACAAGGUUGAUCUUAGUUGUGUUGAGAAUUUAUUACACCUGAGGUACCUAGGGCUAAGAGAUACACGAGUUGGCAUUCUCCCUAUGGAAAUAGGAAAGCUACGGUUUUUGGAAACACUGGACUUAAGAGUUGGUGGAUCUGCAGAGGUGCCAUCAAGUGUUGUUCGGUUAGGACAUCUGAUGUGCCUAUAUGUUGAUCCGGAUGUGAGAUUGUCAGUUGGGAUGGGGAACCUGGUGUCCUUAGAAGAGCUGACUACUGUGAAGGUGGGUGGUACUGUUGCGAUCGAGAAAGAGCUAGGGCAACUGAUUGAGCUGAGGGUGCUUCAGCUUGAGUGGACUGGAGACGAUGAUAGUGUGUGUAGUUCCUUGGUGGUGUCCCUUGGCAAUCUGCGGAAAUUGCAAAGUCUAAUAAUUUUCCGUCAAGGCGGCUUAAGGUUUGAUGUCAUCUGGGACAGUUGGGUGCCCCCUCCACAUCUCCGUACGUUUGAGUUUGUUGGAUGUACUUUGACAAUGCCAAAGUGGAUUAAUUCAUCAGUGCUUCCGCUCCUCUCCAUCCUGAGAAUAGAAGUGAAGAGAGUGCAGCCGGAGGUGGAUAUUCAGAUCCUUGGGAAGCUGCCCGCUCUUCGUUUUCUCUAUCUGGAGACCACCAAAGAUCAGUACACCCGCGCCGAAAGUUUCAUUGUUGGCGCCGAUGCAUUCCCGUGUUUGAGGGAGUGCUAUUUGUACUAUUUUCAGACGGGGCCAUCUAUUUUUCCAAGAGGAGCUAUGCCAAGGCUUGAAGUCCUCUAUUUCUUUGCCCGAGCGCUGCACAUCGCGGGCGGUGAACUGGACGUGGGCAUGGACCACCUCCCUUCGCUCCGGCGGGUCAUGGUUUCCCUUUGUCCUGAGAAAGAUGAGAUUAUAGAUAAGAUUGACGAAGCAGCUGCUAUGAUUUACCCACAGAAUGGGAACAAGAGGAAGAAGAAUGACGGUGACCGACUGAGAAGGUGGGAUAGUUGUGCUCUAGAAUCAAUCCUAUCCAUUCUAAUCUGCAGGCAAUUUUUUCUAGCGUGCUCCAAGAAAGCUAAAAGUAAAUAAAAGCCACUUCAAGUACAGCAGCAAGACAAGAUGAUUUUCAGAGGGGAGAAAAUAUCCCAUGAGGAUUAGGGUGCGGCGAGAAGUUCUAUUACAAGCAUGCGAAGGAUGACCAUCUCCAACCGCGGCCCCUCCCUCAAAACAGAGUGCUAUAUACAAAACGGAUCCGUCCAUGUCCAUCGGCUCCCAGAUGCCCAAUCUGUGCUAUCCUUAUUCCAUUCAUCUUUUCUAUUUUUGCACCCGAGGAGCUGCUUAUACUCUAGCCUUGAUGUGAGGUGUAGAGAUUAUGUUUACAGCAUGGCUCCACUUCUUCUUUUAGAUGCCCCGUGCUCUGUGCUGGUGCACAAACCACAAACUGAAGCAGAUCCAUGUACAGAGUUCAUAUGGCUCUUUUCCUGAAAAAAUUAUGUGGAUAAACUCUUGCAAA